GACAAUCUCGUCUCGAAGUUUGGCAUCGUGCACGGACUCGAACUUUGGGAAAGAUCAACCAAUCGGUGGUUUGAUCGUUCCGCCGCAGACGCUCCGCGAUACCCUUGAGUGGUGACGCAACACACUUUUAGUACCAAGAUUUCGAGUUUCAACUGCGACCGCGGAAGCGAGCCCUACCAGAACCUGAUCGGUCAAUACAAUGCACCACGUGCUAGGUCCUGCGUUUGGCGGCAAACGGCCAGCGCGCUAGCCGCCUCGGUUGCACAUGACGGUACCAUAGCUAAAGAUUCGAAGCACCUUCACUGUUGAUCACCGUGAAACUGAUCGCACACUGACAUCCCUCCUGUUCGACGUAAACAUGGCCUGGUCGAGUCUAUUCCGUAGGCGCACUGAGAACACUAGAAGUUCUUGGGCGUAUACAUUCGAGUGGACAGAUGACCACCUCACACCUGCGCAAGCUGAGCCGCUGAAGCACUCGUACGAUGUGCUAGCUGAGGAAUGCUUGAGUCGACUCAAUGCUAUUUCGCCACCUCAGAACGGAGUGUUGCCCAGGAAUAGCAACACGCAGCCAGUUCCCGUUCGGACUGAGGGAACUGAUGAAGAGAAGAAAGAAGUCUAUCCAAUACCACAGCGAGACUUGUACGCACUUCUCAAGGAACACCAUGCAUCAGAUCCCAAGCUCGAUGAGUUGUGGCAACAGAUCAACACCGUGCCGGACUGGGUAGAUUGGGAACAGAUCGAAAGAGGUCAAGAUGUGUUCUAUCGGUACGGGGGUCCAGCACUGACAGGACUUACGUUCCAGUCCUUGCUCGGUGGUAUGGGCGCUGCCCGAGUUGUCGAGACCCUAGCUCGCACCGGAGGCUUCAACACAAAGGUGGCAAGAAGACGACUCUUCGAAACCACGCAACACAUACUCCAGUGCACAAGAUCUCUGGAUGGCAUCAAACCGGGUGGGGAAGGUCACGCGUCAUCUGUCAGAGUUCGCUUGCUCCAUGCAGCGGUGCGCCAACGCAUUUUGAAACUCGCAGAGACAAAGCCGAGCUACUUCAACGUCGAAGAGUGGGGGAUACCAGUGAAUGACCUGGACCAGAUCGCGACUAUCGGUACUUUCUCGUCAUCGUUGAUCUGGCUGAGCUUCCCGCGCCAGGGUAUAUUUCUCAGCAACCAGGAAAUCGAGGACUACCUUGCCCUGUGGCGCUACAUCGCAUAUAUCCUCGGCACACCGGACACUUUCUUCACUUCGACGGCAAAGGCAAAGGCUAUCAUGGAGUCCCUCUUCUACAACGAAGUCCAUCCUUCGGAGAUGUCGCAGACGAUGGCAAACAACAUCAUUCUGUCACUCAAGGAGACGCCGCCAACGUUUGUGUCUGCCGACAUGCUCACUGCGAGUGCACGAUGGCUGAAUGGAAACGCCUUGUCUGAUGCUCUCGGCCUCAAGCAAGUGUCUCUAUACUAUUGGGCACUGAUGGCCGGCCAGUGCCUCUUCUUUGCAGUCUACUGCUAUAUGAAUCGCUUGGUCCCUGCCUGGGACCGCGAUCAUGUCAGGCGGGCAAAGUUGGUGUUCUGGGAUGUCAUAGUCAAAGCGAAAUGGGGACUUGCCAAUGAGGAAACCACGUUCGACUUCAAAUAUGUACCGGAGUACGAUACACUAACAGAGCUAGGGAAACAUGAAGAGCGAAAGGUCAAGAGAUCUGCCAUCGAGUCCAGGAAUCUAAGGACGUUCGCUAUCUUCGCGGGUAUCUCUUUGAUCGCGUUGAGCGCUGGUACAUAUGCUACGGUUAAGGUAGCGUCGCGCAUCCUGGGUACUCUGUGGUAGUAUCGCUACAUUGCUCUUCGGAGAACUUCUCGGCUGUACUGCCUUAAACAUAUUCCAGUUCUGAUACUUCACCUGUUCCUCUCGCUGUCGAUCUGCUAUUCUUC